AUUCUUUGAAGUUCACUGAUUGAUUUCAUACAACAAUCAAGGGUACCCAACAAUCAACUAUACUUAUUUCCAAUCAACAAUAUUGGAGUAUAUAAAGUCAACAUAAAAUACUAACGGGGUCAAUUUUUGAAAUACUUAAACAUAUGGGCAAAAACUAGAAAAGAAAAGCAGCAAAAGAAAAAGAAGAGGGCCAAAAUAUAAAUUUAAAUAAUCUUUCUCGAUUUAAAAAAAGGAAAAAUAAAAAUUGCGUUGCAGGUACUCCAUCUCCGUCUCUUUUCCUCCGCAUCUCAACCAUCAGAAAAAAAAUAUCUUCCGACGAAGGAGAAGAGACACACGAAAAAUGGCGGAGACUGGAGGAAUCCGCUGCGGCUGCCGCGAAGUUUCCGGCGGUACCUUCUUCCAUCCCGGAGGAUUCCCUUGCUUCCUCGAGCAGAGAACGAGGAGGAAUCGCAACUUCUUCCGAAACGUUUCUUAUGUUCCUUCUUUCAAACGCGGUCGUUUGAUCACAAAACGGAGCUCCGUCGCCGGUAACAGCCGAAUCUUCAGCAUGGAUGCUCGGGAGAAAUCAAGAUCGUUUGUGUUGGUAUCAUCAAGGCACAAGAAAGUCCCUGUUUACGUGAUGAUGCCUAUUGAUACAUUUGGAAUCGAUGCUUCUGGCUGCCCAAUCAUUAAAAGGCUCAAGGCUUUGACUGUUUCUCUCAAGGCGCUCAAGUUAGCUGGUGUUCAUGGAGUCGCUGUUGAGGUUUGGUGGGGGAUUGUGGAGCGUUUCUGUCCUCUCGAGUUUAAAUGGUCUUUGUACGAAGAGCUCUUCAGGCUGAUCUCUGAGGCGGGGUUGAAGCUACACGUUUCUCUUUGUUUUCAUUCGAAUAUGCACUUGUUUGGUGGAAAAGGAGGCAUCAGUCUUCCACUCUGGAUCCGUGAGAUUGGAGACGUCAAUAAGGAUAUUUACUAUCGAGAUAAAAACGGAUUCUCCAAUAAUGACUAUCUGACACUUGGAGUUGAUCAACUUCCUUUGUUUGGUGGUCGAACCGCUGUUCAGUGCUAUGAAGAUUUUAUGCUCAGUUUCUCUACAAAAUUUGAACCAUAUUUUGGAAACGUGAUUGAAGAAAUAGGUGUCGGUCUUGGUCCUUCCGGGGAGCUUAGAUAUCCUGCACAUCCUUCUGGAGAUGGGAGAUGGAAAUUCCCUGGGAUCGGUGAAUUCCAAUGCCAUGACAAGUACAUGAUGGAAGACUUGAUGACAGUGGCGUCUCAAGAAGGCAAACCUCAAUGGGGAAGCAGAGAUCCUCCAAGUGCGGGCUGCUAUAAUAGCUUUCCAUCUGGGGUGCCUUUCUUUGAGGAGGGCCAUGAUAGUUUUCUCUCUGACUAUGGCCGUUUCUUUCUAGAAUGGUACAGUGGGAAGUUGAUUUGUCAUGCUGAUGCUAUUCUCGCAAAAGCAGCCGAUGUUUUGACGAGACGUCAGGAAGAGGAGAAAAGCUCUGUAAUGUUGGUUGCAAAAAUUGGUGGAAUCUAUUGGUGGUAUAAGACAUCUUCACACCCCGCUGAACUAACGGCUGGUUACUACAAUACCGCACUCAGGGAUGGUUAUGAUCCUGUUGCUUCGGUCUUGUCUCGACACGGUGCUGCUCUGCAUAUCCCUUGUUUGGAUAUGGCGGACAGUGAAACACCUGAGAAGUAUCUCUGCAGCCCUGAAGGAUUGCUUAGACAGAUACACGAUGUUUCGAAGAAGAGGACAAUACAAGUGACUGGUAGAAACACAAGCGAAAGAUUCGAUCAGAUGGGACUAAGGCAAAUACGAGAGAACUGUGUGCAACCGAACGGAGAAACUGUAAGAUCGUUUACAUUUUUCAGAUUGAACGAGAAGAUCUUUAGGGUCGAGAACUGGAACAACUUUGUUCCUUUUAUUAGGCAGAUGAGUGCAGAUGUGUAAACCAACAGUGUAUUUUUCCUUUGUUACAGAAUUGAUCUUCCCUCACCAUAUUGCUUUUUCAGAUAUGUGAUGAGGGUAAAUAAAUCAAAUCAAAAUAUGAAAAUUGUUAUAUGA